AUGGCCGCCUUCGUCAAAGCAGUCAACGCUAAGAUUCGGUCGAAUCCGACUCUGAACUACUUAUGUUCGACGCAUUUCUGGGGACCGGCGUCGAACUUCGGUAUUCCCGUCGCCGCCGUGAUGGAUGCGCAGAAAUCACCCGAGCUAAUUUCCGGUCAAAUGACAUUCGCUCUCUGCAUUUACUCAGCAACCUUUAUGCGAUACGCUCUCGCCGUGACGCCUAAGAACUAUCUCCUCUUCCUGUGCCAUUUCAUCAACGAGGGCUCGCAAUUAACACAAGGUUACCGUUAUCUCCAAUGGCAUCAUUGGGGCGGCAGAGAGAAGGCUGGUGUCCUGGGUGCCGUAGAAGGAGCCAAGGAAAAGGCUGCCGCAGCUGGUGAUAAAAUCAAGGAAGUCGCCUCGAAAUAA